AAUAACCCCACUACUCAUUAAAAGAGAGAGAACAACGAAAAAAGAGAAAAGCUUUCUCAAUUAUCAUCACCAAUUUUUUUUAUUUUACUUUUGAAAUUGGAUUUUAUUUUAGGGACCAUUUUUCAACAUUUUUUUGGCUUUUUAUUUGUUAGCAGUAAUAAUUUGAGGUGAAAAAAGACAGAAAAUGUUAAACAAAUCGAAAGGGAAAAACAAAGGUAGCCAAAAGAAGGAACAAAAUUACAAACUCAUCUUUGUUCUGUUGUCUGAUGCAUGCACGUCUUGGUCCUUUGAUCAUGACUAUUGAGUCUAUCUUUUCAUGUCGUUUUUCAAACUCAUAUUGAUUCUAUUCUCAGAAACAGGGCGAAAUAACCGGGGAAAAAAUUUACCCUUUUUCUAUCUUUUUUUUCUUCUUUAAUUUUCUCACUGGUUUUCUUGUUUUCAAUUCAUGUUAUGGAAGAUUCUGGUUCAUCAACAUGUUGUGGAGAAAAGUACAAAAAAAUCACUUCUUCAUCUUUCUUCAAUUCACCAAAGUUAUUCACACAAAAAGGUUUUCAUGAAACAGAAACCAUGAUGAUGAGUCCUACUUCAAUACUCGACAGUAAGAACUUUUCUGGUUUAAAGAACCCUUUUUGGUCUGAAACAAACAGUCCCAGAACACCAAACUGUGGUGAACACAAACGUUGUUGGGAUAAAUUGGAUUCAAAACCGGUUGGUCUUGGUCUUGUUGAUGUUCUUGUAGACGAAAAAAAUGGUGAAGUUAAUUCAAAACUAGAAAACAGAACUGUUCUGUUUGGAUCUCAGUUGAAGAUUCAGAUUCCACCUUUUUCACCAACAACAAUAUUUUCUUCUUCAUCUGAAUCAGAAUCAACUUUUUCAAGAGGUGAAUUCAGCAUCAAGACGGGAAAUUCUCAAUUGGGUUCUUCUUAUGGAAGCUUAUCACACUCUCCUAUGGGAAAAUCUUCAUCUGGGUGUGAAAAUCCAGUUCUUGAAGUUGAAACCUUUAAUAAUACUCAUGGAGUAUUCAAAGGGUGUCUUUCUGCAAGUGAAAUGGAGCUUUCAGAAGAUUAUACACGUGUGAUUUCACACGGGCCAAAUCCAAGAACAACUCAUAUAUUUGAUAACUGCAUAAUUGAGAGUAGUUGUUUUGAAUUUGAUGUUGGAUACUCUGCUUCUGCUAAAGAGAGUGAAUAUUGUUUUCCAUGUGAAAGCUUUCUGAGUAUAUGUUUUCACUGUAAGAAGAAUCUUGAGCAGGGUAAAGACAUUUACAUGUACAGGGGUGAGAUGGCAUUUUGCAGUCAUGAAUGCCGUAACCAAGGGAUGCUGUUUGAAGAGGGGAUGCUCAAAAUUGGAAGCUAAGGAUGUUCAUGGGACAUAAUUCCAUUCCCUUAUUCCCCUACACUCAUAAACAAAAACAAUUAAACCUUUGAAGCAAGGGGCUUAUUAUAUGUUUGGAUUGACUGUGAUUUUGUUAUAAUUCCGGUAUGUCAAUGUGAUUUUAGUAAAAACUGCAUUUUGGUGCUUUCACGAAAUCAUGGUGCAAGUGUAAUUUUGUCAAACUUCUUGUGAUUCAAAACAUGUAUUUAUAAUAACACCCUUUUCAUUUUUAGUUUUCUAGGAUAUGAAAUAGUCCUCAGAAAUCCUAGAUCAUUGUACCUGGUUUUGCUCUCUUGCUUCUCAACUCGACCUCUCAAAACAAUUGGGAGGAAUUGAAAAGCUGAGAUACUGUAGAGGUGAUUAUUAUUUUUUGAAAUGAAUUAUGGGAUUGAUGUUGAAUUGUUCACA